AUGACUUUGGAGUCUAAGAAUGACAAUAUAUCUGCAGAGUUCGUUGAAACGUUUGCAAAAUUGCGGGAGGGUGAGAUCACCGCCGAUAGGAUGGAAAAACUUCUGGAUCAACUAGAGGAUAACAUUAACGAAUUGUUAGUUGUCGCUGAGGAAUUGAAAAAAGAUUCUAACAGGAACUUUGAUCAAAUAUGA